GCGCCCACCAUGCCCGGCUGCCCGCGGCUCGCGCUGCUCUGCGUGCUGCUCCCGCUCCUGGCUGCUGCUGCACCCCGGAGCCCCGCGGAGCCCCCCACGCAGUCCCUGGUGCCCGGCCGCCGGUACCCUCGCGACCCCGCCAGGGGCGCGGAUUUCGAUCGCGUGUACAGCGGGGUGGUGAACCUCAGCACCGAGAGCAUCUACUCCUUCAACUACACCAGCCAGCCCGGCCAGGUGACUGCCGUGCGGGUGCAUGUGAACACCUCCUCUGAGAACCUCGAUUACCCGGUCCUGGUUGUGGUUCGCCAGCAGAAAGAGGUGCUGUCCUGGCAGGUUCCUCUGCUCUUCCAAGGGCUAUACCAGCGGAGCUACAGCUACCAGGAAGUCAGCCGCACUUUAUGUCCUUCAAAAGCAACCAAUGAAACAGGACCUUUGGAGCAACUGAUAUUUGUGGACGUGGCAUCCAUGGCACCCCAGGGUGCCCCCUACAAACUGCUGGUCACCAAGAUCAAGCACUUCCAGCUCCGGACAAAUAUUGCCUCUCACUUUACUGCCAGCCCCUCUCAGCCUCAGUUUUUUCUGUACAAAUUUCCCAAAGAUGUGGAUUCGGUUAUCAUUAAAGUGGUGUCUGAAGUGGCUUAUCCGUGCUCUGUUGUUUCCGUGCAGAACAUCAUGUGUCCAGUGUAUGAUCUUGACCACAAUGUGGAAUUUAAUGGUGUCUACCAGUCCAUGACCAAGAAAGCUGCCAUCACUUUGCAGAAGAAGGAUUUUCCUGGCGAGCAGUUCUUCGUGGUGUUUGUGAUAAAACCUGAAGAUUAUGCCUGUGGAGGAUCAUUCUUCAUCCAGGAAAAUGAAAAUCAGACCUGGAAUCUACAACGAGCAAAGAACCUUCAAGUGACCAUUGUUCCUUCCAUUAAAGGAUCUGUAUACGUGAAAUCCAGUCUUUUCAGUGUCUUCAUCUUCUUGUCCUUCUACGUGGGAUGCCUGCUUGUUGUGUUUGUUCAUUAUGUGAGGUUUCAUAGAAAAUCCAUGGAUGGAAGCUUUGGGUCCAAUGAUGGUUCUGGAAAUAUGGCAGCGACCCAUCCCAUUGCAGCCAGCACUCCUGAAGGGAGCAAUUAUGGGGCAAUAGAUGAGUCGAGCUCUAGCCCUGGAAGGCAGAUGUCCUCCGAUGGUGGGCAGCCAUGCCACUCAGACACAGACAGCUCCGUGGAAGAGAGUGACUUUGACACCAUGCCAGAUAUUGAGAGUGACAAAAAUGUCAUCCGGACCAAGAUGUUCCUUUACCUGUCAGACCUCUCCAGAAAGGACCGACGAAUUGUCAGCAAAAAAUAUAAGAUUUAUUUUUGGAACAUCAUCACCAUUGCUGUGUUUUAUGCACUGCCUGUGAUCCAGCUGGUCAUCACCUACCAGACAGUGGUAAAUGUCACUGGCAACCAGGACAUCUGCUACUACAACUUUCUCUGUGCUCACCCCUUGGGCGUCCUAAGUGCCUUCAACAAUAUUCUCAGUAACCUGGGCCAUGUACUUCUGGGCUUCCUCUUCCUGCUGAUAGUCUUGCGCCGGGACAUUCUCCAUCGAAGAGCCCUGGAAGCCAAGGACAUCUUUGCCAUGGAGUAUGGGAUUCCCAAACACUUUGGCCUCUUCUAUGCUAUGGGCAUCGCACUGAUGAUGGAAGGAGUGCUCAGUGCUUGCUACCACGUCUGCCCUAAUUACUCCAAUUUCCAAUUUGACACUUCCUUCAUGUACGUGAUCGCGGGCCUCUGCAUGCUGAAGCUCUAUCAGACUCGCCACCCGGACAUCAACGCCAGUGCCUACUCUGCCUAUGCCUCCUUCGCUGUGGUCAUCAUGCUCACCGUCCUUGGAGUGGUGUUUGGCAAAAAUGAUGUGUGGUUCUGGAUCAUCUUCUCUGCGAUCCAUAUUCUGGCCUCUUUGGCCCUCAGCACGCAGAUCUAUUACAUGGGUCGUUUCAAGAUAGAUUUGGGGAUUUUCCGACGGGCUGCUAUGGUGUUCUACACGGACUGUAUCCAGCAGUGCAGCCGACCUCUCUACAUGGAUAGAAUGGUGCUGCUGAUUGUGGGGAACCUGGUAAACUGGUCCUUUGCCCUCUUUGGGUUGAUCUACCGGCCCAGGGACUUCGCAUCUUACAUGCUGGGCAUCUUCAUCUGCAACCUGCUGCUGUACCUGGCCUUCUACAUCAUCAUGAAGCUUCGUAGCUCUGAGAGGGUCCUCCCAGUACCCAUCUUCUGCAUCGUGGCCACUGCAGUGGUGUGGGCUGCCGCCCUGUAUUUCUUCUUCCAGAAUCUCAGCAGCUGGGAGGGAACCCCCGCUGAAUCCAGGGAGAAGAACCGGGAGUGCAUCCUGCUGGAUUUCUUUGACGACCAUGAUAUCUGGCACUUCCUGUCUGCUACUGCCCUGUUUUUCUCAUUCUUGGUUUUGUUGACUUUGGAUGAUGACCUUGAUGUAGUUCGGAGAGACCAGAUCCCUGUCUUCUGAGCUUCUGGUAUUAAAAGGAGAGCAAUCCAUCCUGGUGCUGUUUGGUGACAAAUACAGUGACUGCAGUGAUGUCCCCACAGUCUCACACUCCACUCAUCCUUAUGGUAUCAACUCUGCUUUCAUAGGAAGAAGAGGAGAUGGGGAUAGCUAAACCUGCAAAAAAGGCAGCAGAGGGCGGCCCAGGCUGUGGACGGAGGCAGCCUGAGGGGCCAAGAACAGCCAAGCUGCUUGCAACUCUGAAAGUUAGAAAUAAACAAAGAUGCAACACAGGAAAUUUCUCCCACCCUCACCUGACACUGGUCAGCAUGUGGCCCCUCUUCCCUCCAGCCACCAUGCCCAGAAAGGGCAGCCACGUGCACUUGCCACCCAGAAACUUCAGCAUGGUCAUCUUUGCACCUCUGCUCCAGCCUCUGCUCUAGGUGUUCAAAGGCCAUCGCGUUUCUUCAGGGCCCUGGAAGGACAUGAUUCUUCACAGUAUGGUGCAAGGUGGAUCCAAGGCACCACCCAACAGGGAUAAACAUCACAGCAGUCCCAGCCUGCAGCCUUCUCAGAAGGAAUGCUGUAUAUUCCACAGGUCCCAGGUACCAUUAGAAGGGCUGAGGACCAGGUGUUGUCCCACGAUCCUCUGAACAGGUAACCAGCACUGGGACCAAGGCCUGGCUAUUUGCCUUUUUCUUGGUGUCUUCAUUUCACCACUGUGUAUUAACCCUGCCUCUCAGCCUCUGCCUUUCUGGAAAAGCCCUAUUAUUCCAUAAAUCUGCUGAGCUCCACAAUGGAAGAGGAAAUGGGGAAAAUUCCUCAGGCAGCAAGAGAUACAAAAGAAAUGACAGCUCAAGACUAGAAACACCAGCGUCCAGCAGACAGGCCUCAUUGUCAGAACUGGGGUUCCUGCAGCAAAUGCAGUCAAGGACCAGCACUUUCUUGGCCUCCCAUUCUCACAGCUCAAUUCUGUGUGCCCACAUCACCUUUGGCAGAGAAAUCUGAGCUCUAACCAGGGGGCUACUUUGGGGUCCUUUCCCUUUACUGUUACUUAUAUAGAUCAGGGUACCAGAUUUUCUCCCUGAAGUUCUUAGAAGUACAUGAGGACAAGCACAUUUUUCCUCUCUGACUGCAAAGAGCACAGGUAAUGUGGUGUGUCUACUUGCACUUGUAUGUCCUUCUAACGCUGGAAGUGGAAGUGCCCCAUUUGCAGUCUUACAUUGUCUGGCAACUCUGUCUCCCUGGAGUCCCAUGUGACCAAGCUCCCUCACUGCCUGGAGGGUGACAUCAGCAGCAAACAGAUGUCCAAACCUUAGCACACGCACAGGCUCCCCUGUGAGACUGAAGUUAUUUCUCGCCUCUGCUUCCUGGAUCACUCAUCAGAGAAGUGAAUCCAGCAUUCUUCCUUUAAAAAUUAGUUUUUCUCUCAAAUAUUUGCAUCAUGUUCAAAAGCCUACUUUGGAAAUCUGUCUAAACUGUUUGGUAAGCUUUUCCUGAUUUUAAAAACAUAAAGAUGCUAAGUAUGAAAAUUUUUGUGUGCUUUUCUAAAAUGCCUGCAAGUAUAUAAAUGAGUCUUCUGUUAUUCUUCAUCCCUGAAAAACCUUUUGCUUCCUUGCUGGGCAUGGUGGUAUACAACUGUAAUCCCAGUCUUCAACUCCUCCUAAUGCAGGAGGAUUUCUUUGAGUUCAGUGUCAGCCUGGGCUACACAGUGA